AUGAAUACAACACCGACUCCACUAUGGCUGGACUGUGAUCCUGGUCAUGAUGAUGCCUUUGCUAUCCUAAUUGCCGCUCAUCAUCCAUCCCUGAAUCUUCUUGGAAUCUCCACCAUCCAUGGAAAUGCUUCCUUGGAAAAGACGACCAACAAUGCUGGCAGUAUAUUGGAAGCAAUCGGCAGACCGGAGAUUCCUGUCUAUCCCGGAAGUCGGAAGCCUUUUUCUCGACCUGCCCUUCACGCCCCGGAUAUCCACGGUGAAUCUGGUCUUGACGGCACCGACCUCCUCCCCAAGGCCUCGAGGCCUCCAAUCAAAGACGAGAACUCCAUUCUAGCAAUGCGGAAUGCGCUUCUAGCGCAACCCAAAGGCACCCCUUGGCUGGUUGCAACAGGAACCUUGACCAACGUCGCCCUGCUGUUCGCAACAUUCCCCGAGGUUGCGGGUCAUAUCCAAGGUCUAAGCAUUAUGGGUGGUGCUAUCGGUGGCGGCUUUACAGAUGCCCCGAUGAGCAAACUGCCAGGUGAAAAUGCCCGCAUCGGAAACGUGACGCCGUGGGCUGAGUUCAACAUUUAUUGCGAUCCCGAAGCUGCGGAGUCAAUUUUCAGCAACCCCAUCGUUGCGCCCAAGACCACCAUUGCUUCUUUGGAUCUUACACACCAGGUACUCGCAUCGAAGGAGGUGCAGAACCGUAUCCUACAUGGCGCCAGCGGCCCAUCGAAGGGACCUACCGUCAUUCGCCAGAUCUUGCAUGCGCUGCUUAUCUUCUUUGCGGGCACUUACGAAAAGGUCUUUGGACUGGUAUCUGGGCCUCCGCUCCACGACCCGCUCGCAGUUGCUGUCAUCCUGUCCAAUUUGAAUCCUGAUUUUGCAAAGGCCCACCCCGACCAAGUCAUCCAAUUUGAUGAUAAAGGAGGGGAGCGAUUCGCUCUCCGCAUUGUCACUGAUGGCCAGCAUGGCACGGAUGUGUCGGUUACCGGUCAGCUUGGACGGUCGAUUGCUGCACCGGUUGACGGACCUGGCGUAGCUAUUCCCAGGGGUGUCGAUCUGGAAGCAUUCUGGAACAUGAUUAGCGAUUGUGUUCAGUUGGCUGAUGACUGCAAUGCUACUCGUGGUAAAUGA